CGGGUGGGCGGGGCUGUCUCCCGUCUUUCUCCCCAUUCCUCCUCUCUGAAGGUAGAGCCCCUGAAUUGCAGGAGGAGGGUCCCCCGUUGUCUCUCAGCGAGCAUGGAAGGCUCAGGCGGUAGCGCCUCCUGCUCGGGGGGUCGGGAGGUGGGGGGUCGGGUUGAAUCCUGCCUUGUCGUCACCUGCCUUGACCUCCCCCCACAUAGGCGUUUUGGGAGAUCUAACUUGACCCUUCCACCCCACCUCCCACAGACAAGCAUUUGUGGGCAUUCUAGCUUCGCCCCCUUUCCCUUCCCAUAUAUUUGGGGGAGUUUAGUCUAGAUUUCCUCCCCUCCCUGUACAUUUGGGCUAAUCCAGCCCUGACCUCCACCUACACACACGCACAUAUAUUUGGAGGAGUCUCAUCUUCAUGCUCCUGUGAACAUACACACGGUUGGGGUAUUUUGCCAGGAGCAUUUUGGCGCCUGUAUAUUUUUAGGGACCAAGGGUGAAGCUUUGCUCUCCCAUCCUUAUGGGAUGGUGUCGUCUUGACUUGUUAAAUAUUUGGGACAGAAGGUUCCCGUCUCUAUUUGUUGUGAAACUUGGUUCUUGUUUACAUGCAUACCUUGAUAGAUGUUUGGAGAAAAAAGUGGGCUAGUUUUGGGGGUGAUUAGAAGGAUGGCCUGCAGAUGGGUGGGGUGUACAUAAUAAAUCAUUGUUAUUAUUAGAUGGGGUUUUGCAUAUACUGCCAAUUAGCUGCCCCCCUCCCUUUUCCACUGAACUAUAGCUUUACCUGGUGCACACCUGACACCUCAUGGACCAAAUGAGGAAGUCUGGUGGGCCUAGUUAGACCUGCCGACUGGAUACUCCUCGCUGCCAACCUGAGUCGGGGGACCUUCUCCAGUACCUACCUUUAAGGUCUGUUGUGCAUAAGUGGGGCCUUCUUGGUGGUGGUCCCGGACCCGAGUUCCUCACCUUGCUCUGUCUAGCCAGUUGUUUAGGUCAGCGUUGAAGACCUUCCUCUUCAAUGCUGUAUUUAACUUGAGAUUCUAAUUAGCCUGUGAGUUACAGAGCAGCUUGUUAAAAGUUUUUUUCUGUGCCAUAUCUUUAUAACUUGCCCUGCUCUGGUUUGUAUGUUGCUUUGUGAGGACGUAGCCUUCAAGAAUAUAUUUAAUAAAUGAGUUAGUCUCUCACAAAGAGAAUGGCCCAAUAUUGGAUCUCAGGGUUGACUCACCUAUGAAAAUGGGGAGAAGCUCCCCUCAAAAGGGAGAGUGUUUUAGGCCUCACACCUGUAUGUAUGUUUGGCUCUCUGCAGACACUCUAAACAGAAGUAUGUGGGACUGUAAAACAAGAAAGUUCCAAUAAGGAGAAUAUUAUUUAUUUUAUAAUUCCACUUACUAUCCCAUCUUCUUCCAAGGUAUACAAGGUGAGGUACCUUUUGUCCUCAGAAUAGCUUUGUAAUGAAGGCUAGGCUGAGAUAGUGACCGGCUCAAGUUCACCAUUAUAAGAAUAGUUUUGCAUGGUGUUUGUUGUGGGUUCACUUCCCCCAUCUGAAUUUAUGAUAAAUAAGUGGGAAUGUCUUUACUCCUUAUUGAAGUGGGGCGGGGAGUAUCUGGGCUGUGGCAUCUGAUUUUUACAGAGAGGCAUAUCUUGGGCUCCCUUAUUAAUUUGGUGCUUGUGGAGAAAAUAACCUGGUACAGUACCAGGUGCAUGCAGCAGGCAAAGAAUGUGAUGGAUAUGCAAGCAACUAGACAAUACAAUACAGCCUGUACUCUGCAUCUAUAGAUAAAGUUGGCGGCUGCUAUUGCAAAUUUUCUCAAUCCUUCAAUUUAGUAACACUUUUAGGUGUGUCAUGGGAACUCUCACAGCUACUGAGUACUGUUCUGAAAAAGCUUCAUGCUCUGAACUGCAUAUAUACGAUUCUUCCUUUUCCUGCUAAUUGGGGUGUGUUUGAGGUAUGUGUAAUAAAAAUGGAAACUGCUGCGAAGGUUCCUUAAUUUUUGAACUGCUUGGUGAGACCCGAGCAUCUUACAUAGGUGAGUGGAAGUACCUGUGCUUUGGAGUUUGACCCCUGUACCCAUGAGGACUAUAAACGUGACUUCCUUAUUGAGCAGGACAAGUAUAAAUUAUCCAAUGAAAGAAACAACAAAAUGACUAACAAAAUGAAUUUCAAUAGGGGCAAAUGUAAGAUUCUGCAUUUAGGCAGGAAGAACCAGCUACACAAAUAUAAGAUGGGGGGACAACUGGCUUGCCAGUAGUACAUGUGAAAAGGAUCUAGGGGGUCUUAGGAGACCACAAGCUUAACAUGAGUCAAUAGUGUGAUGUAGCAGCAAAAAAACCUAAUGCUAUUCUAGGCUGCAUCAACAGAAGUAUAGUGUCCUGAUCAAAGGAAGUAAUAUUUUAAAAUGUGGCUCUUGGGGGGGGCAUGAUUAGAUUAUUGUUUUGAUUUUGAUUUUAUAUACAAUAUUGUGAUCUCUUUUUGUGAACCGCCCUGAGACCUCCAGGUAUAGGGUGGUUUAAAAUUCAAUGAAUGAAUUUACUGCUCUAUUCUGUUUUGAUCAGACCACACCUGGAGCCUUAUGAGGAAUGGUUGAGGGAAUUGGGUAUGUUUAUGCUGGAAAAGAGGAAACUGAGAGGAGAUGUGAUAGCCAAUGGCUUCAAGUUAAAAGAAAAGAGAUUUCAACUAAACACCAGGAAGAAGUUUAAGACAGUAGGAUCUGUUCAACAAUGGAAUGGACUUCCUCGGAAGGUGGUGGAUUCUCCUUCCUUGGAUGUUUUUAAGCGGAGGUUGGAUGGUCAUCUGUCAUGUAUGAUGUAAUUGAGAUUCCUGCAUUGCAGGGGGUUGGACUAGAUUCCAUCCAACUCUACAAUUCUGUGAUUCUAUGAAAAAUGAUCUGGAGCAGGACUGGGGGUUGCUGCCUUGAUUCUGUUUCCUUGAUUUUUUAUGUCUCCACCCCUGGAUAGAGAAACCUUUUGUAUUGGGGAUGUCCUGUAGCAAAAGUUUCAUCCAGCUAUGGCAGGUAGAGGUUUUUUAUUAUUAUUAUUUAAAUUAAAUGACUAUUGCAUAAAAGACAGCUGUGUAAUUUAAUACACAGUCACCAUUACUCCUGGAAGCAAGGCUGUCCAAAGGGGAGAGGAAUGGGCAUGCUGCCUCAAAUAAUAAAUUGGCCAGAUUCCUGGAAUGGGCAGGGGAUGUCAUUCAAAUUUAUUGAAGGUGUUGAUGGAGAAAAAUUUGUUUGUAUAUUUAGAAAACAAUGCAAGGCCCAGCAAAAAAUAGAGGGGUGGGUGGAGAAGCAUUGCAUUGCUGGCAGGAAAAGGAUUCCAAACUUUGAGUUAGAGAGAGGCUGUGACAGCCUUGAAUUUUCUUGGCUUCUCCGGCUUCUGAGCCUCUCUCUGCAAUAUCCUGUUAUCAGAUAAGUCCUAACCAAGCAUAUUUCAAAUAAAGUGUUUCAAUCCUUUUGAGAAGGUUAAACUAUCUAGAUGGGGCUUUAGAGUCUGGUAUUCUCUCUGCAUCCACAACUCUCGCUGUACUGUGUGCAUUUCAUAAGUCCUACACAGUCUUGAGUUUUUCUGGGUUGUGUUUGCACUAAUUCCUGCAUCUGUACAAGAAUUGUGAUGAGUCAAAGUUGGCUAGAGCUACUGUACUAGCAAAGCACGCUGUGCAACUGUUGCCAAACUGUAAAAAAAAGGGGGGAUGACUCGUAUUGCCAGAAGUUUCCAAAAUGCCAAUGACUGAGUCAUCUCACUGUGGUUUGGCAAGGAAAGCCCUGUCAGUCUUAGGUGUGUUCUUGUCUAGAAACUUAGCUGAGAGACCUAGCUGCCUUGAAACAAUGGCAGAGCCAUGGGAACAUUCUUUGGGGAAGGACAGUAGCUCAGUGGUAGGAAAUCUGCCUUGCAUGCAGAAGGUUCCAAGUUCAAUCCCCACUGGCGUCUCCAAUUACUGCUAGGAGAGCCUCCAAUCUGAAACCUGGAGAGUUGAUGCCAGUCAGUGCAGACAGCAUUGAACUGGAUGAACCAAUGGUCUUGAGUCUGUAUAAGGCAGCUUCCUGUGUUCCUGCGUCUUGCUGGAUGCACCUAGGAUAUGGUGACCAAAUUUCCAACACAGAUAAUCAUUGCUGAGGCUCUACACUCUGAUCACAAUCUUAAGGGUUAGAACUUGACUGUGUGUGUUCGAAAGCUCAGAAAUAGAAAAGGGUUUGAGGAUCUGCCCUACAUUUACUCUAUUAUUUUGAACCUUUAUUUCACACAAAGUGGACCAGGUUCUGCUAAUGAGAAAGUCCUGAAGUGCAAAGGUGGUGUUCAUGCUCCCAAUAGUCAACCCUUGGGUUUCUAUUGUCUGCUGCAAUGCUUUCUUCAAGACUUCCGGAACAACCUUACUGCAUUUGCCUGGGCCCCAGAAACCUCAUUACUCUGGGCACUAUCUUGGAUAAUGGGGUGGACCUGUACAUUCUUCUUUCUUUGACUUUCCUUGCAACUUCUGAACUUUUUAAAAUAACCUUUUUUAAAAAAACCAAAACAUUUGCUGCCAAUUUUAUUGCUUUCUAUUCUGCUCUUAGCAGCAGGUUUUAUCGACUCCUGCAUGUCACGUUUUACAGCCUAAGAUGCUAUUCUGUUAGUGACCCUAAUUUAUAUUGGUUUUCCUACUUCCAUUUCCCGCUCACCCCUAUGUGAGGGUGUGUGGUUUUAAAAAGUGACCCACAAGAGCCUGUGUUUCUCAGAUAUAGCCAGAAAGCCUAUAGCCAGUUAACGGCCUAAAGGCCUAUCCAGUCCAGCUUUCUUUUCUCAGAGUGGUUAACCAGAAGCCCACAAACAGGACACGAGUGUAACUCUGUGUAAAAUGCAUGCCAUCAUUAUGCCAUCAUUAUGCCAUCACAGUGCAUGGCACUUUUACAGAUUAAUGAACACAGAAAAAUCCCUUUUCCAAAGAGCUGAAAAUUGAAAAGUCAGUGGAGGGGGAGGAUAUAUACCGGUGUACAGUGGUACCUCGGUUUAUAAACACAAUUGGUUCCGGAAGUCUGUUCAUAAACUGAAGCGUUCAUAAACUGAAGCGAACUUUCCCAUUGAAAGUAAUGGAAAGUGAAUUAAUCCGUUCCAGAUGGGUCCGCGGCGUUCGUAAACCGAAAAUUCGUAAACCGAGGUGUUCGUAAACUGAGGCUCCACUCUCUCUCUAUAUAUAUAUACUGUUCCAUUACCCAUACGUAUGUGGUCUUAGUGCCCCCCGCAUCUCUUGCAAAAACUAAGGGUUUGUGUGGAAUGACUUCACAGAGAAGUUGAGCUUUAAAUUGGGAGAUAGACUCUGAAGGUAAAAUAACAAGUAGAAUGUGUUGGAUUUUUGAGUGGAGAGAAGAAAGAUGACACAGUUGACAUUUAAGGUGAAGCAGAAGCUGGUCUCAUUGUCAAAGUGGAUGAAUUCUGAAUAGAAGGGACGAUGGUUAACGAAUGACAAUGAAAAGUUUGAGAGAAGAAGGUUGCGAUGGUCUUGAUGAUGUGAUUUCCCCCCUCUGUGGGGGCUGAAAGUAGGAGUCGUGGGGCAACCUGAGGUGUGAGAGCACAGCACACAGGAGCCAACUCCUAGGGGCCAAGGGAGCUUCAGUCCCCCCAAUAAAAUAUUUAAUAGGACUGCGUCCCCCCCAAAGUUGAUGGGCAUUGCCAUUCAAAUGGUGUGCAUGCACCAUGUCAUGUGAUCAAUUUUGUGGGGUGGGGCUUACGGUACCUGGCUGCCCCCCUUCAUUUUUUAUUCAAGUUGGCACUCCUGGCACAGAAUGCUAUGAAAGGUAUGUGUGAAUGAAGUUCCAGUGAGGAAUAGGACCUUGAGGUAGGUGGUCCCUUCCUCCUCCUCCUGCCAAAGGCAUAGGCUGGUUGAAUAUAUCUAUUGCUAAAAUAAUUUAUAGGCUGCUUUUAAACCAGAAGUUAACAAGGUGGCGUGCAACAAAACCUGUUUAUUUGUUUAUUUUAGAAAAAUAUUUGGCUACUAUUUCAUAAAUGAAAGCAAUUUACAUCAAAAAUAUAUAAAACUAUACAAAAAAAGUUUAAAACAGGCAUAAAUUCAUUAUUGUGGAAACUUGUCCUCUUAAUAGCCUGCAUAUUCCUGGCAGAGUAUAAACCUUUUCAGCAGACGAUCUUCUAAAACAUAUGAAACAGCAUUAUGGUACUUUAAAAUUGCAUCUGCGGUAUCUAAGGGCCAGUAAAAACUGGUAAAAUGUAACAAAGGCUCAGGAAAACCUAACUGAGGAGGAGUUUUUACUAGUCAAUGAAAUAUAUCUUCUGUCACCUGGAUAUCGAGAGAGAGUCCAUUCUGUAAAGUGGGUGCCAGCGGAGAGAGCCUGUCUCCAAGUAGCCAUUAGAUAAAUAUUGGUAGGACGAGGCAGGACCAAGAGGGCUUCUGGUUAACCACGGUGAUGUGCAGGUAGAUCUACACAGGUGGGGGCAUUGUUUCAGAUAGCAUAGUCCCAGUCUGUGUAUGGCCUUGAAAGUUGCCAGCAGUACCCUUAAACUUGGCUCUGGAGCAAAUCAGCAGCUAACGCCCUUUUCUCAGCUCUGGUGAUGUGGGUGUUAUAUGGUUUCCCACUUAGCAGUCUAGCUGCAGCCUAUUGCUUCCAAACUUACUGCCAUCACUACAUCCCAACUGCCCUGUCCCUGCCUGAUAAGGGAAGAGCAUUGUUCUUGCAAGCCUGUUGCUGUAUGUAUUUUAAUGUCUCUUUUUAGGGAGGGUUCAGAAACAUCCUGCUCUGUUCCUCUAGUGCCAGUAUUGAGAUUCAUGCCCAGUCCACAAGUCCUGGCUUCCCACAGCUUGUAUGGACCUGCCUGUCUGCCAGGAUCACUUGUGGGGAAAGAUGUUGGCAGAGAGGCGGGAGAACACAAAAGGUGCAAUGAACUCGGGAAACCUCACCCCAACCUCAAAUGGGUUGAGAAACACUGAAUUACUUGACUAGUGCUCUUCCUGUAUGUCACUUUUGGUGUUUUCUUGCACACUGACAUAGCUUGAGCAGAUAAGGCUGCAACCGGAUGCAACUGGUGAUGGGCAGAGUUAGCUCGCUGGUGCUUUUUGUACUGCAUCCAGAAGAAACUCAGCUUAUCGUGACAUGUAGUACCAAUUUUGCUGUAAGGUUAGAAGCUCGGGGUGGGUGGGUUUGUGGUUUAAUAGUGCCAGUGAGGAAGCAUCUUUUGUUGAAUUUCGUUUAAAGCAGGGGUAGGCAACCUAAGGCUUGGGGGCUGGAUGCGGCCCAAUCGCCUUCUCAAUCUGGCCCGCGGAUGUCCGAGAAUCAGUGUGUUUUUACAUGAGUAGAAUGUGUCCUUUUAUUUAAAAUGCGUCUCUGGGUUAUUUGUGGGGCAUAGGAAUUCGUUCAUUUUUUUUCUUCAAAAUAUAGUCUGGCCCACCACAUGGUCUGAGGGACGGUGGACCAGUCCACGGCUGGAAAAGGUUGCUGACCCCUGGUUUAAAGGAUUGGGAGCAAGCCAUAGGCCAGGCAUCCCCAAACUGCGGCCCUCCAGAUGUUUUGGCCUACAACUCCCAUGAUCCCUAGCUAACAGGACCUGUGGUCAGAGAAGAUGGGAAUUGUAGUCCAAAACAUCUGGAGGGCCAAAGUUUGGGGAUGCCUGCCAUAGGCUUUUGAAUUUCCCCUUUUUGGUGGACCAGUUUCAUUCUCCAUUUGCACGUUGUUGUAACCAUAGCUUGCUGUGGUGUCUAAGCAGAGCAAACUGUGGUUAGCAUGAACCUCCAAAUCAUGGUUUUGAAGUGGGCUUGCAAACCAUUAUGCUGGAUCCAGAUGUCUCAGCAAAGUUGUGGUUAGAGCCACUGAGAACGGGGUGAGAGAGUGUGUUGCGGGGGUGUCAGUGGGGGGGGAGCAUGCCAGCCCAAGAUACUUUCCUGAUGGUCUGAAUCGAGAUUUGUGCUUAAAGGAUUCAUUUUCAGCUUAAUUCCAGCUAAAUAACAAGUUUAAAAUCUGGUGGUAAUAACAGCUAUUUUUCAAGUCAAAUGAAUUGUGCCUUUGUCUGCUCCUAAUAGAUGAGCCUUCAAAGACCAUUGUUUGAGGCACAAUCCUAGAUAAUAUCCUGCUUUGACAGUCUUCUCUUUAUUUUAAUCAGCUUAAACACUGAAGCAUGUAGAUAUCUUUACCGCCACUAUCACCGAAACUUACUUUAGGAGGGGGAGAAAGGAUUGCUUAGCAUAGCAGAAUAACUGUAACCUUGUGUACGUUGUGUUGGCUUCAUGCAUUUUGCUGAACAACUGUAAUGUUUGAGAGAGAUCCUGCCAUUUUUCUCUUGGGGUGGGUAAAUAGGCUCAGUUGGGAAUGUCCCACCUCUUGCCUGUCUGUUGUGAAAGGCCCCUGGGAUAGGUCCCUGAAUAACAUAUACAGCAUAUACACGGUAUAUAUACUGCUCCAUUUUAGGGUGGUGCAGUAUAUAAAUAAAUAAAUAAAUAAAUAAAUAAAUAAAUAAUGACGAUGUCUUCUGUCUGAAUGGCGCUUGAAGCUUAAGCAUGGUUCAUAAAGUCUCCCGUUUCAAUCAUAAAUCUGCCAUACAUUUAUUUGUUGGUCUUGGGUACGCUGCCAUCUCUUGGCCUCCAUAGUUCCUGAGUUCUUUGCUGAGUAUGGGAACCUGCCAGGGAAGUUGGUGAGUCAAACCAAGAUGACAGCCAGCACUAGUGCCAAUUCUAGGGGUCCCUGGGUGCCAGGGCACGCACAGAUUUUUGGUAGGUGCUCAACACCCACACCACGGGGCUCUGAUGCAACUUCCUGUUUCUACAUGCAAAGCCUCAGAAGUGACCACCGGUAGAAACCAGAAGUGGCACCAGAGAUCUCACAAGGCCUCCAACAUGACCUCCAAGGCCCUGGAAGUGCUGCUGUGGCGCCAAUGUAACAUGAUGUCAUGACGUCAUGUUACAUCGCAGGUGCCACUGGGCACCCACAAUCGGGGGACCAAGUCGGCACCCCUGACAGCAAGUAAGAGGACAAACCACCAAUGUCGAAACUACUGGGAAGGAACGGCUGGAUUUGUGCCCAACUGUGGGUUUGGUGACAAAGGAGAAGUUGCUGGCCUGUUUGCAGGUCCUAGAGACCUCAUGGAACAUCCUGACAGCUCCCCAAGUAGUAUUUAUAAAGGGGAACCUAGGAAGCUGCCUUAUGCUGAGUUGGACCACUGGGCCGUCUAGCUCAGACUGGUCCAUAGCCAUCUAGUCUGCAUCGACUGUUUGCAGCUCUCCAGGCAGGAAGUCUCUCCCAGCCCCACCUGGGGAUGCUGGGAUUGAAAAUGCAAUCUUCAGCAUUCAAGGCAAAUGCUACAGCCUUUCCCCCAGGAGGUGAUGGAACAGUAGCCCUAUCCCUUUGUCAAGAUCCCAGGGUUAGCUGGAAGAGGCUGCUUUGGGUGCCAUAAAACAGGCUCCAUUUCCUUAUCCCAGGCUACAAAGAAAUCUGGAAUCUGGCUCCAUUGGGGGGGGAGCUUUAAAAGGGGCAUCUGCCCUCUGAGGCACAGAACUGCCAAGAAAUUGACUGGGUUAUUGAUUCCAUUGGUGUGAGGUAAGAAUGACUGAGAAUUGUGUAUAUCAAAGCCCUUUGAUCACUCUGGAAGUGUUCAAUACGUUCUAAGGAGCCCUCUCAUUGGAUUUAUAUAGUAUGAUGCUGUGAAGUGAAUCUUCAGGCCAAGCUAACGUCGAGCAGUUCCAGUAGGCAUGCCCGUCCCCCAGCAGUUAACAUGUCCGUCCCCCAGCAGUUAACAUGUCAUUUAACAAAGGAUAGGCUCCAACUGUGUAAAAAACACAAAACAGGUCAGUCAAAGAGAGAGGCAUAUCAGUUAUUCUGCAAAUGCAGAUAAAUCCAGUGUCCUGUCCUUGGUGAAACAGCCUUGGGGCAGAUCUCCUAAUUUUAGUAUAAUAAUUUGCAGCUAUGAAAAGCUUCUGCUCAUAAAUGCAUUGUCUGGUUGAGAAAUGCCAUUAUGAGCGCUGAGGUUGGGAAAUUGAGGUUCCUAGCUCAAACCAGUGAGUCUGAUUGUCGACGGUGCGUCGGUCAUUCCAACAGCAGUUAGUUGCACAGAUUGCACAUGCCGUGGCUUCGAGGGAUUUUCUGUUGUAUGUUGCUGAAGAUAGAUGCUUUUGGAUGAGUGGUGAGCAUGCUUGUUCAAACAAUCCUCUUCAGGUUCUCUGCCGGUGGCAGCUUGCGCAAAGUAACCACGAUUAUGAUGGAUGUGUUAGCAAAUGCCUGUAAACAGAGCCGCUCUUCUCUUUGCCGAUCUUUUUUUAACAUCUUGGGGAAACAAUCUCCAACAUUUUUAGAGAAGCCGGAGUCCCUUAAAGAAAAAGCAACAGAUAUUUAAUACACUUUGUCACUGGAAGUACCGUAGGUAGGUGGGCUGUGGUGUGUUUUGUUGGCUUGAACGUUUCAAUUGCAAUGUAUCAACCCAUUUACCAAUUAGGAUAGUAGCUGUUGUGAGCAAACAUUAGCCAGCUUCAAAUACAAAGACUGCCUGUUGCUGUCACAUCAGCCAACGUUGGCAAAGCACAGGAGCAUCGGAAGCCACCUUAAAGCAGGUCAGACUAUUUGUGCACCUAGCUCAGAAUUACUCUGACAGUUUCUCUCUUGGAUCUUGGGCAAAGAGGUCUCUCGCUUCGCCAGCCAUCUGGCCAAAUUUCUGGCAUCUCCUUUUAAGAAUGAAUCUGGGACCUGCAAAACACAUUCUUUUCUGAUCCCCUUUCAAGUUCAGUUCCUGUUAUCUGUGGGUAGGGCUUGCAGUGUCCCCGUCUGAAACCCUGGAGAGCCACUGCCUGUCUCUGUAGUAGACCAGUGGCUUAGCUCAGUAUUGGGCAACUUUUAAUGUUCCGGGUGUAUUUAAAACUAUUCAGAGCCACCACUUAAAUGGGCUCACAGGACUUGGUAAGCCAUCUGAGGAAGGCUUAAUCUUAUGUGUUGUUUGCAAGAGGGGUCUCAUGAACUCCCUGGUAUCUUGCUGGGCCUCUUCAUGCUCUUCCAUCUUGCCCUUGUCUCAGCCCCUUCUUCCAUGGCUCCCCAGGACCUGCUGAGCAUCGUAAGGAAACAGUGGCCACCAAGCAGCCGGUGGAUUCAGCAGCAGUAUGCACUCACCCAGCCAAUGCUUCAGGAUUUAUUUAUUAAAUUUAUACAUUGAUUUUGGGGGGGCAAGAUGUGGCUUACGACGGUUAAAAUCCAGAAGCCAGGUACAAUAGGGAAAUGUAGGUAGGUGUGAUCUCUCAUUUCUGGUCCCUGAUAGUUAACAUGUUCCAGGUUCCAUCUCUUCCUUCCAGGGGAAGGGGACAGAAUUUGUGAUGGGCUCUGUCUGUUUCUGAUAGUGAAGAGAUCAACCCGCCAACUUGGAUCUUCCUUUUAUCUGCAGACGCUUCCGCCCCCCUGACAGUGAAACACUAGCUGAACAACCAUUGUCCAUAUUUUAUAAUGGAAAUGUUCCAAAGCUAGGUGCUUGGCCUGAAAUCUUUAGGCGGCCCUCUGACUUAAAAGGAAUGUGAUGGAAUUGUCACAAAAAGUUGUCUCUGGGAUACACCAUUUAUCUGAGUUUAUAGAUUUAGCUUAACCCCAGGCAGUUAGCUAUAUCAGGUAUCAACAAUUUCUUCCUUUCUUCUUUGUGAAAGGAACAAGUCUCCAAAGGGCCCGCAAUCUAAACUUGUACAUGUCUCCUUUAGACGCUCCAAAUGUCAGAAGCAUGAAAAGUGUUGGACUUUGAUGGAGUACAAGCUUUGAUAUCUCUGUUUGGUUUAGGCACAAGAGCAGUAGCUCUGCAUGUCAUCUUUUUUCAGGUUUUCCCAUCUCCCUCUUUUUAAUAUGCCUGUAUCACCCCCUUGAUGUGUCAGAACUCCUAGAAAGUGAGUAGGCAGGGCUGGUUACGAGGAAGAUGAUGGAUGAAGAAUGUGUAUUCCUUCCUUGAGCUCAGCAAGCUACUGGUAAAUUUAGUGAAGUUUUUGGAGAUAAAGGGAAUGCUUCAUCUUCUAAGGAUGAAGACAGGGGCAGAAGAAGGGUGGAAGCAUCCAAUUAUCACUUAAGAGAAGCAUUUUUUCCCUAAUCUUGAUUUAUCAAAAACCCAAUUUGUUCUGUUUAGAUGGUAUGGCUUCCUUUUUAGAUUUUGUUCCCUCUCCGCCUUCCUUUUUAAUCUGGCCAAGAUUGCUUUUAUGUUACUGGGAGCUUCUCUGUUUGUGAAUAUAAAAUUAGAACUUAAUAACAGCCUCAUAACUAGGUUCACAGAAGUUAUUAGCAAACAAAAUUUUACUGGAUGGCAAUUCAUUUUAUGUUACUCAUGGCAUAGGAUGGAAGGAAAAGAAUCUUCUUCUUCCCCUUCUUUUAAAAAAGCCUAACAACACAAGAAGCCAAUGGCUCAUCUAGUCCUGCAUCCUAUUCUCACAGUAGCCAACCAGAUGCUUGUGGGAAACCCACAAUAAGGACCUGAGCACAAGAGCUCUCUCCUCUUUUGCCAUUUCCAGCAUUUGUAUUAGAAGCAUUACUGCCUCCAACCAUGGAGGCAGAGCAUAGCAAUCAUGACUUGUUGUCGCCACUGGCCUUCUCCCAUGCACCAGAAAAAGGUCACACGGAGAACGGUGACUUCCAUCCCUGAGCUGAUACACUAGGUCUUGUUAGUGUCAUAGUGCUUUCCUAAUGUUUUUAUUUCCUAGACUUUCCUUCAUCAUGGACUGAGCGAGUUUCAGCCGCUCAGCCUCCCCACUUCCUUGCCUUGGAGGUUGUCUGUGGGCUCUGCUGCCUAGCAGGUGGAGGUCAAAUGUUGAAUGAGGCUGCCAUGUUUGUAUCCCUGAUACAAAACUUUAAAAUGUGGUUUUGAUUUUAUUCCAAUAUUUUUUUGUGGAGCAGUGGUGGGCCUUGGGGGAGCUAUAUAGCAUUCCAAAUAAAAUCUAUACUGUACUGGGGUUUUAAAAUAACAUUGAGCAGCUUGCUGGUACAGUAAGGCUUCAUUAAUGGAUUUUUAUUUUAUCUCACCCAUCUUUUAAGAAGCACCAGAUAGCAGAGUCUUCUCUCUCACAAGCACACACACGCACACACAAUAUUAUCCUCACAUACCCAUUAUUGCCUCCAAACAAGACUGUAAAGUCAGUUAAGCUAAGAAAGGGCAAAAGCAAAAAUUGGCCCAGCCCUCCCAAACCUCCUCUUCUGUCUCCCCUACUUUCCAAGUAGUUCAGAAAGAAUAGGCAUAGCUUACUACCUUGUAAAUGUCACGUAUUCAAGUGCACUGUGCAAAGCUCUUAAUGUGGAACUUUCAUUUGGGUUGUCUCUUUAUCCUCUGUGUACCCUUGAGAAGUCAGGGUUCCCAUGUCCCCCUGAUUCAAUUGCACCGCCCAUUGCACCUGGAUGCCAUUUUCUGGGAAUCCUGGGUGGAGAGAGAGCUGUGGUGCUUGGGUCUGGCUUACGGGCUUGUUGUGGGCAUUUGGUUGGCCACUGUGAGAUCAGGAUGAUGAUCUAGGUGGACCUCUGGCUUAAUCAAGAACCAGGCACUGCUUCUGAUCGAUGAAUUGCUAAGACUAAGCUGGGAGGUGAGUGCAUAUAAUUAGCAAAGUCUAGGGAAACUUUUCUCUCUUGGUGGGUCCUCCAGAGAUAUUAACAUUUAAUUGGUACUGCCUGUGAAAGCGAAGGCAGGGGAUUCUCAGGCCUUGUAAACAGCCAUUUGCCUGCCUGCUGGUGGCAGGUGGAAAUUUGCCUCCUGGUCCUGACGACUAGGCUGGCAGUCAUCUGUGAACCAGAAGAGAGUUAGGAGGCCACUAGCGUGACAGCAUCCCAGUCAUCGUGUGCCUGUUUUUCAUGCAAAAGCUCCCAGUUAUCAGUCUCCAGCAACCCCUGCCAGUCAGAGCAAACAGACCAGGGCUGGAUGGACAAAGCUGGACUUGGCAUAAGGCAGCUUCCUGUGUUUCCAGGUGUGGCGACUGAGCUCAGUGAAAUCAGCUUAACGUCCAUGUUGAGACUUGUGCACCUGCUCAGCAAGGCUGAGCAAAGCUGCAGUUUGUAAUCUGCAGUGCAAACUUCUGUAAAGUCUUUAGGUCUGUCUCUUGGCUGGGAGGGAGGACGGGAUGAGUGUGUGCUGUCUGAAAAGCCAUUUGUGUUUUUGGUCAUUCUCUCUCCCUGUCUUGUAUUGAUCCAGUAUAGCUGAGUGCUGCACCCAGUUGCUUUCUGCUCCCAAUGAGGUUUUUAUCGGCGACAGUGCCAGGCAGUUGCUGUUCCCAUCUGCAACCUCAUUGAUUCCGGGUGUGGAACAGGCUCUGCUUUGAGCCCAACUGAUAAGGCUCCCAGUUUCUUAGCAACCACACAUGUCUUGCAUGAGCAGAAACUUGUCCUACUGCAGUAGCAGUGACAAUCCUGAAUGUCUCCAAAUUAGCACCAUUUUUAACAUGAAAAACAAGACUUCCCUCCUUAUUUAGUAUGGCUGUGCCAUGUGUUCUCCUCCUAACUGUUCUUGGGGUGGAAGUAAACAGCAAAUCCUCUGACAGUUUGGAAUCGGAGUUAGAAUGUUGUAUGGAUGCAAUGGAGACCAAUACCACCUGUCUAGCUGAGAACCAGUGCAGUCCAGGCUGCUACAGGCGGUGGAAUGAAGAUGGCAGCAGCAGCUGCAUCAAAUGUGAUAACGAAACGGUCACUGCUACGCCGGCAUACAACCUGACUGACUGCCGAAACAACGGUGCCAGAGGAAUGAAUUCCCAGAUGAAUCUAACAACUGGAACUCUGGGUGUAGGGGCCCCAGAAGUAGCCGCUUCUCUUAUCUUUGGGACGUUCGUCAUCAGCCUCUUCCUCAUACUGUGUGUUGCUUCGUUCUUCUACCUCAAACGUGCCAACAAACUUCCAAAUCUCUUCUACAGAAGGAGCAAAGGGUCUGUUGUACAGUCUGCUGAAUCAGCAUCAAUGUUAUCUCCACCGUCCUCAGUCCGUAAACCCCGCUACGUCAGAAGAGAGAGGUCACUGAUGACUUCCGGUACCAGCACAACUAUUUCUGCAGAGACCAGAGUCAGCAAUGUGUAGCAGCCAGUCUUUGGAGCCCUGAGGAAUUGUAAAUACUGGCGUGGCCGGCACGGUGCCCAUGCACCCGGUUGCUAGCAAAAGUGCCAGCAAAACAGCUGAGGAAGUGGCCAGCUGGGAAGGGGGGGAAAGACGCCAGCAGCCUUGGAUCCAACGAGCUUGUGCCAAUGAAGCAUGGAACGAAGACUCACGACCAGAGGAGUUCUGGAGAGGGGAGCCAGUUCAGUUAACUGCUCUCAGGCAGGCUGCCAAUUCUGUUUUCUUUCCUGGAUCGUAGCGAAAGGCUCUCCACUCCCCUUUUGGGACACUGCGUGCUCACUGCACGGCUGCUCCAGCUCCACCACCAUCUCUCGGACUGUCAGGAUAUGGAGGUCUGGUUGGCAGCCUAGCUCCUGCGCUGCUGGGCCAUUUCAUUUUUGAGGAGGUGAACUGGCUUGCGGUGCCUGCUGCUCAGUGUGAAACACAAAAGUGCCAUGUUUUUUUUUAAUGCCAGUGGGAAGCGUUUGGCAUCUCUUAAUGCAAACUUUUUGCAGCAUGCCUUCAGGUUCUGAGAUGCGAGCUAGGCUGCUAGCCAGGAACUGCUCUUCCAGCGCACCAUGCAAGUCGCUUUCUCUCUCUCUCUCUCUUUUUAAACAAGUGGGUUUUGAACGAGGCCUUAAGCUUAUUGCAGUGUUGUCAAUGCCGAGCUGCUGAAAGAUUUUUAUUUUCUUCUCCCCCUUCCUCUGUAUUUCAUGAUGGCGGGCAGUAGAAUUUCCUUUCAGGUUUAUCCACUGAGCUCACCCAGCUCUAGGCGGCUCUGCUGGUCUUUUGAUGUGUGUGCUUGCCAGUGCACAGAGGCAAGAGUGGCCAAACCAUUGUGAGCAAGAAGCACACUCGGUGGCCUCUCAUCUCCAAAUGUUUGGAACAGGAGAGGUGGGAAUUUUCAAAUACUGCAAUAGUUGAUCCAUUUGUUUUGUAUUUUUGCACUCUUAUUUUCCUACCCCUCAAGCUCUGCAUCCUUCGUGGGAAACCUGGAGCCCUCCAGACCGCUAGACUACAGUUCCCAUCGUCUCUGAUGGUUGGUUGUGUGUCCUAGGGCUGGCAAGGGCUGGGAAUCCAGCAGCAUCUGAAAGGCCACAGCUUCCCCACCCCUGCUUUCUGUAUCCUUUAUAUCAGCAGUAGUGAAGCUGGUGCUAUCCAGCUCUGAUGGCACUACAACCCCCAUCAUUUCUGACUGUUGGCCGUCCUGCUGGGGCUGAUGGGGGUUGUAGUUAAGCAACAUCUGGAGGGCACCACAGUGGCUUCGCCUGUUUUAGAUGAUGCCUGGUACCUUUUACAGAGCCGUUCAGUGGUGGAGACGCAGUGUCAACUGUGCAGCCAUGUUUCUUGCCUCUGUAAGAGCCAGAAAACCUGCUCCCCGUCUCUGGCGUAGCUUUCACAAUGCAGAUAAUUUUUUGACCCUCACAAACUAAAGGGUCCUUCCUGCCUGUCCAAGGAGGAUACAGGAUGCAGUCAGGGUAAGUGCAGAAAUGUCUCACGGUGGGGGCGCUUUAAUCUCUUUGGGUUGUGUCCUACUCAGAGUAGACCCAUUGAAAUUAACCUGAGCCUUGCUCCUUCAUAUCAGUGGGCCCACUCUGAGUAGGACAUCAUUGGAUGGAACCCUCGUCAUUUAUUUUAAUGAGCCAAGGUGUAGCUUUGAAAUGGUCCUUCCUAAGCUGGGAGCAUCCUCAUUUUCUUCAGUUUAUGUGUUUUUAAACAAUGCUUUUGAGCCUUGUCAGGAUGAAAGGGGGGGGGGACAUCCCCACCCCUCCUCAAGUUUUUAGAUUGCUACAAAUCAAAUAUAGAACCAUCCAAGGAGGUAUCUCUGACUUGGUCCCCACAGAAGACUUUGCAGUCCGGAACCUUUCUCCAAAGGCAAAUUGUUUAUUUCUGUAUGGGGAGUCCUCAACCUUCACUUGCUUAUAUUUAUAUCUUUUAUUUAAAUGCAGGUCCCAUUUCUUGAGAUCAGAAUCCUAAGGGGUUUUUGUAUAUUAGCUUCUCUUCUUCUCCCUCCACCUUUUACAAUCUCUCAGAUUCCCCGCAAGUGAAAACAUGCCUGGGAAGAGACCAGUGGAGAUUCCAAAAUUUCUCCCCCCCCCUGGGUGGACAUAUUACUAUGCAAUGAUGCCAUGCAAGGAAACCGCCUCCCCUUGCUCAGAUGCAAUCUCCCUUUUUGUAAAGCCAGUACUCUCCCCUUCCUUGUGCAUUUAGGUUGGUGGUGCUCCCCUUUCACCCCAGGCACAGUUCUGACAAAAGUCCUUAUUUCUGCUAGGCUGUCUGAUGCCCUGCCUUGUCCCCAAAGCACAUGCCUCUAUUUUCUAAUAGAUGGUUGAAGUCACUCUGGUGUGUGUGUGUGUGUGUGUGUGUGUGUUCACACCGUUCAAUGCAGGGAAAUCUGUUCUUGCCAGUGUAGUUGGGGGGGGGGGUUGUAUCUCCUUUUUGUGCCAUUCCAGUGGAAAAGAGGCAAGUGUGGGCUGCUUUAUUAUUAUUAUUUUACUCUCACUGUUGUGUCAAAUGCAGACUUGUCUUUGUGUACAUCUCUCCCCACACUCUUACUUUUCCCUUUUCACUGGCUUUAAUAAAAGCACACAAAGUCCUGA